CCUUAAUCUCACUGACCUCGACGCCGAUAACGCUCGAGCCCCUCGUGCCAUUGCGAAGCAUCUCAUGAAUCUGCUCACAAUGACGCACGCUACUUGUCUCCACCUUGCCACGGCGCAGCAACAUCGCGCUCGAGCCUCGGCGAUCGUGACCGCUUCGCCCCUCAGUUGGCGAUCCGGUCAGCGCCACGGUGCUACGAGGACAAUCUCUGUGCUCACACCUCUCUGCCGUGCCCCUCUCCGACCCGAAGCUAGCGACACGCCAGAAACUCAUAUACAUUGCGGCGUCUAGCGAGGAAGCAAGGCUCACCACUAAUUCCUCCAUCUCCUUAUCUCGUACUCACCAUGCCUCUCUUUUCUCGACGCCAGCCAAAACAAAAGCCAGCUGCUCAGCCCGCUGCUCAGCCUCAAUGGCAUCGAUCCGAGUCGCAAGGGUCGAUUGCUCAGCAAAACGCACCCACCCGCAUUCCAUUCACCAAGCGCUUCAGUAGUCCCAAGAUCACGCCCUCUCCAUCCUAUCGCCACGCUUUGGAUUCCAUCGACUCUGCCGCUCCAUCUCAAAAGACGGCCAAAAAGAAGAAAGCCGUGCCUUUCCAGCGACGCGAAGAAGUCGUCAACUCGGUCGACUCAAGGCCCAUACCAGUGAUACCACCCAGAACGAACGUACCCUUCCAACGCGUAGGGCGUUCGACGAGCAUUCGUUCGAAUCAGCGGAACCAUCGCGACCAGGCGCCUCGAGCAUCUGAUGUUCGUCAACCGUCCAGCCUCUUCAAGAGGGUUCAUGCUGUCAAUGACGCCGGAAAUAGCUCAAUGACUGGUCAUUCAGCCAGUGACGGUCACAUGGCUGAUCCCCGCCUGCCCAUGACCCACAGCUAUUCGGACGGCUUGGGCAUGAGCUUUCAUGACCGCGUUCACCAGCUGUCGGCAGCUCGCGCUCAACAGCAGCAACAGCAGCAGCAUGUCAAAUCCUCCUCGAGCAGUAUUGCCAGCCUCUUCCGCAGGAACAAUCGGGCUUCGUCUCGUGAAACAGCAUCGAUGAGGAGCGGAACUUCUGCUGAUCGCGCUCGUGAUGUUGACACCGGCAACAGCGUGGAGAUAUUGGGCAACUGGGCACAGGGCAACCAUAAACGAGACCCAAGGACAGCCAGGGGACAGGGACGUGCCGGCUUCGGGGUCUACGACUAUGCAGACAAUGGCGGCAACAUUGCUUUGCAUACCGACUGGGGCUCGUGGAGCCAGUUGCCGCCGGGAAGGUCGAGCUUCGCCUUCUCCUCUGAGCCCAGCAUAAGGCAGAGUAUCGAGGAGUCUGGCGCGUGGUCUCGUCGCUCCUCGGCAAGGGAUGAAGAUGACGAAGAAGAUGGGCAAGGCUACGACGAUCGUGCUCAUGCUCGCCUUGACCUUCCUCCCAAUUUCUGCGACCAGCCAUUCAUGGGCACUCAGACAUUCGAGGAAGAUAGGACAGUCCAGGAGACGAAGCCUGCCCGCCGCACUGACCCCUUCAGCAAGGCGAAGCGCAACUCGGCCACUAAGCAAUUUGCAGUGUCGCGACAGGGUCAGGAAGACGCGACUCCCUCUGCCAACCCGACUCGUCGAGGUGGCGACUAUUUCCAGAUGCAUCUGACCAAUGCGACCCGCGACGAUGGCAUGCGCCCGCUGCCCAACACGCCUGGCACGCCUCGAGCUAGCGGAGAUGGGCGCAGUAGUGGUCGUCGCCCUCGAACCGCACCUGAGGAUACUCCCUCCCCUUCACCUUCCCCAGCCGGCCGGAUCAGUCGCCCCUCAACCCCAGGUAUCGACCAAAAGCUACAGCGCAAUGUCGAGCUGUACAAUCGCAAGGUGGCCGAGGCAUGCGAGAGCAUUCACAAUGCAGCACUCGAGUCUGCUGAAUUCUACGAAGGUUGCAAUCCUCUUCCUUCGACUGCAGAUCUUCCUUCGUUCAUGAAGGGUCUUGGGCUCGACCUUCUCGGCGAAGACGAGAGGAAGGAGAAGUCACUCGACUUGCUCCGCCACCUAGUCCACCUCCAUCUCUUCCAAGAGCUUAACGACUGCCUAGACGCAUCCGGUCUCGAGAAAUCGCAGGGUGCCGUCAUGAAGAAGGCAAUGGAGAAAUUCAAAUCGACCGGCGCCCUCGCAGACGUCCUGCAGCAUCGUGCCCUGCAAACGUCGCUGCAACUCUCUACCCUCUCGCAAGCCUACUUCAUGCAUUCGCGCUCUGUCAUCCUCACCUCGUUGCAAAGCAGUAUCGCCUUCUUCCUGCACUGGGCUGGCCUAGCUGAGAGGACGAAUGACGCGGGGCUGCACGGCUACGGCAAGCUGAAGGAGGCCAGGGACGUCCUUGACAGUCUCCUUAAGCUAGCCAGAGGGGUGAAGGAGAGCGUGGGUGGUACAGAGGAUGCUGUGCUUCGACGAGGGUGGUUCGAGGUUGUUACGCGCGUGGGGCCUAAAGACAGUGUAAGCAAGGAGACGCAAGCAGCAUCAUUGUCUAGCUCUGCUGCUACGCAGCGUCCAGCUCUGGACAAGGACUACUCGUCCGGCAGUAGUCUUGGCGCCAACAGUGCUAGGAAGCGUAGCGACACAACAGAUUCAGCUCUCUCUCAUCCUCGUAAAUCGAGCGAGGGCGCCGAAGGGCGUCUGAUCACUAAGUCGCUGGGUCUUAUUCUUCUGCCGCUGCAGUCGGCUCAUCCUGAGGCGACUUUCAAGCAAUUGCUUGGCUUCAAGAAAGGCCAUGUCGAUAUGGUUGUCGAACCGCAACAGAUAGCCAUCAUGCCGCGUGGAGAUGGUGGGCGAAGGACCGGCGAGCACCAGAAGCACCAACAGCACCAGCCUAGGCAGGAACACGUCCAGCACCAGCAGCAGGGUUCCGUCUACGACAACAGGCUGCGUGACGAUAGCUUGUCAUCGGCGCCUAGCUUCGACCAUUUCGAUGUUGAAGAAACGCCCCCACCCGCUAGUAAGGCACCGCAGUCCGUGCCGAUGAUGAGGGAGAUGAGGCACGCCAGGUAGAUUGGCGCAUGGCGGAAAUUUCUCUUCCUUUUUCCCAGGUCGAAUGUACCCUACUUGCUGAACUUGCUCAGUCCGAAGAAAUGAUUUUCACUGGCCUGUC